GUGGACGAGUCAGCUGGGCCGUGAUUAGUUGUUGCCCGGGAGCGGGCAGCUGUGGGUCCUGCAGUGUGAUGCCUUGCAGUCUCCAUACCACACAAUGCUCCAGCCUGACAGGACGGAUUCAAUGGUGUUCCUGUAGAAAGUUGUUCGAAUGGGACAUGCCUCAAUCUCCUCAGAAGUUUAGACCCAUCUUCAACUGUCCUGAAUAAUGGCGCAAUAUGAAGGGAUUCAGCUUGAAGGCAAAGAUAGCAACACCAUGAAGAACCACAUACAAAGUUCACAUAAUAUCCUGGUGUCUGCACUGUAUAAUAUUGAACCCCUGCUUGACCAAAUGAUUGCUUCACAUCUUUUGACCCAUGAGAAUUACUGUGAAAUUCGAUCUGAGAAGACACCACCGCAGAAGGCAAGGAAGCUCCUUGAGAUUGUGCAUCUUCAAAUGAAUGACAGAGAGGCAUGGAGAUUUGUGGAAUGUCUGAAGAAAUGUAAACACCAUUACCCCCGCCUGAAAAACUGGCUUGCAGAAGAUAUUGGUAUCAAGCGUGGACCAAUGGAGCAGAAACUACUAAAACAGGCAAGCACGUUGUGCCAGCGACUUGGUCACCUGAUUAGACCCAUUGUCAUGAGGUUAUUCUCCAAUGAAACGGUUUCACAGUACGAGCUGGACAUCGUGCAGGGAGAGAGCACACUCUACUGUCAAGCCCAGCAGUUGAUUAACAUCUGCCUGCAGAAAGGGGAGCAUUCCUGCCAGAGACUCUAUGAAGCUCUGCGCGAGGAGGACAUGGUCCUGGCAGAAGACAUUGAUGAUGCAGAGCAGGCAACUUCAUUAUCAUCUCACAGUCCCAUUCCUCAGGAGGAAACACAGCCCGUACCUUCCUUGCUGGAAGAUCUUAGACUGAAGUGUGUAUUUGGUGAAGAGGUUCAACUGCAACAAGCAGAGAAAGAGCUCAUCAGAGAGGUACUGUCACAGUUUCAGCUGGACACUGGAAGGACCAUGUCAUUAAAUGUGUGUGAAUUUGGUGUGUUACUGGGACUUCCGAGGAAGGUUGUCCAGGAAUGCCUCUUUGAACUUGAAAAUACUGAAGAUGUUCAACAGCUUGCUGCAGUGAUACACAUGUUCUUGGAGAAAACCAACAACACUGAAAGACUGAAGCAAAAAAUGGCUUCUAUUAACUUCUAUCGACUGCAAUUGUCACGGCGAGCAAAGCUGUUGUUACAACUCCUUCAGAGCAGCCUUGCUGACUGUUGUUGCAGCAAGGAAGUCAGCCAGCAGCUCAGCAACGUCUGUCUUUUCAUUAUGAGGGACUGCCUGGCUGAAACAGAAGAAGAUGCUUCUGAAGUUCCGACACUAGAUAUCAUGGAAUGUCUGCAGAGACUGGAAAGGAACAAGCGAGCAGACAUGGUGAUCCUCAGGGAACUGGCAGAGCUAUGGGGUGAUGGAGCAGAGGAAAACUUCGAAAAAAGCAUUCCAUUUAUUGCUCAGCUUGUUAAAGACACUUUCCCCCUUGUGGAUGCAGUGGAGUUUGAUGCAAUUCCAGUCUGGAGAGGCGUUUAUCGUUGCCACCCUCGGGUUAUCAAGCGGGUUACCAGCUUCAAAGGACUUCCAUCAAGAAUCAUUCAGAAAGUGAUUCAGCCCAAAUCUCUGCUAACAUUGCUGUCUGAGGAAAGAACAUACUUUGAAAACCAGCAGCUGCUCAAUGAAGAAUAUACUCAGCUAUGUUUGAAAAUUUUAAACAUUCUUCAGCGGGUCCAGGACUAUCAAUCCAAUAAGUUGCCAACAAAACUUAAUAGGCAUUUGGACAAACAGCACGUUGCAAUGGAAAUCAGGAAGCUACUGACCGCUGAAGAUUUUGGGUGGACAUCCUUUGACUCAGGCAUGAGGGCCAGACUUCUCUCUUUGGUUGACUUUGAGCCUCUGUCCUACAAUAGGUCUUUAUUUCUGAAACUUCAUUACAAUACCUUCCUUUCCCUAGCAGAGUAUUUAAAAUCUCAUGACAGGCAGCGAUUUCAGUUUGUUUUUGAAGAGGUUCACAUGUACCAGUGCAAUGGGGAGUUGUGCAGGGUGCAGAGUGUGCGGGAUCUUGUGAAUAUUGAUGGGGGAAUGGAAGAGGUGUUCCAAAUUUCCACCUCCAACUGUGCUUCCUUCAUGAUCCAGCUUCAUUGCAGAGGCUAUGUAGAUGAUCAAUAUUUCCAAUGUAACCGACCCCUCCUGUACAAACUGUCCAAUUUAUCUGGCACCUUGCAAGAAGAGGCUGAAAAAGUUGGCACAGUAAUUGCCAAACAAGCUGGCACAACUUGGAUACGCGAACAUCCUGAUGGAAGGUUGAAAGAAAUUACAGAGAGGAUGAUGCAGAAUUCCGGUGUAACUAUAGAAGUGGGAAGCUGCUGCUUUCGUGUUAAUUCAUGGAGCGCUGAGUGUGAAAUCAGAGUCUGUUACAAGGAUGACAUGAUAAUCGCAACAGCAGAACAAAAUGCUGAUGUUUACUGAUCACUGAAUUGGCAUCUCACUUUCUCUGGCAGCAGAGUGCUGUAUUCUGAAUUGGGUAUUUAAAAACCAUUUUCACUGAGCCUGUGGCCCUGUGAGUGUCUGAAUAGCAGGUGAA